GAGGUAGUCCAAUUAAAUCGACGACAUCCCUCUGUUUUCUACACCAACUUUAUUACACUCAGUUGCAGAAGAUCCGCCUCUUCUCGCCCAGGAUUGAUUACGCAGUCUGUUUCAAACCAGGAAGAGAUAAGAUCGACUGCAAUCGUUCAUGUGUCUCAGACGGACGAUCAAAAAUGUAAUCUCAACAUCAUGUUUUUCGUAUUUUGAAGGUGUAGUUUUUCCGAAUGAUGUGAUCGGUGAUUGCGGCCAAAAAGAUUAUUUUAGGGUUCACAUUACUCGUAUAAUCACCAUGGCUGAUGAUGUUGACGACGACGACGAUAAAGCCCACUAUGGCUGUUCCCAGCACUCGCCACUCCACACAGCCAGUCAAAGGCACUCUCAGAAUGGGCUUCACCGUCACCAAGUCGCCUCCGGCGCUGGUGUCUCCCUCCCAGCCCACGCCUUCCGGCCGCAACCUUCCCCUCUCCUCCAUCGAUCGCAAGGCGGCCGUCAGGGUCUUGGUAGACCUGCUGCUGCUUUACGAGCGCGGCGACCAGCCCGCGAAGCUCCUGAAGGGCGCACUGUCCAAGGCCCUCGUCGUCUACUACCCCGUGGCCGGCCGGAUCGUGGAGUCGUCCAAGCCGGGCGAGCUCGACGUGGCUUGCACCGGAGACGGCGUGUGGUUCGUCGAAGCUUCCGCUGACUGUACUCUGGAACAAGUUCGCCACCUCGAGCUCCCUCGCCUGCUGCCCAAGGAUGACCUCCUCCCGUUACCUCCGCCUCAAGUGGACUUGGACAGCUUGAUCCUCUUGCUACAGGUCACUCAGUUUGCCUGCGGCGGAUUCGUGGUGGGCGUCAGGUUCAGUCACGCAGUGUUCGACGGUCUCGGGGCAGCCCAGUUCUUGAAAGCCGUCGCAGAGAUCGCAAGGGGUCUUCCCGCACCCACCGUUGCGCCGAUCUGGAGCAGAGAAUUCAUCCCCAGCCCCACCAAUCUCCCGUCACCACCACCGUCACCGCCACAAGGUCUUCUGCCAUCCUUCACCGCCUUCCCCUUCGUGACCUGCGCUCUGGAUGUCCCCGCGGACAGCAUCAACCGGAUCAAGAACCGGUGCAUGCAAGAAACUGGGCGCAAGUGUUCCAACUUCGACGUGGUGACUGCAAUGCUGUGGCAGUGCCGGACGCGAGCUGCCACCCUGGAGCCGGCCCACCACGUCCGCCUCGGCUUCGCCGCCAACAUCCGUCACCUGCUGCACCAAGUUCUGCCCCAGGAAGGCGGCUACUACGGGAACUGCGUGUUCCCGGUGGGCGUCGCAGCAACCAGCGGGAGAAUCGUCAACGCGUCGCUCGUGGAGGUGGUGAGCAUGAUAAGGGACGCUAAGGAGCGGCUGGCCGCCAAGUUCUUGGAGUGGGUGAUGGGGGAGGAAGAGGAGGAUCCGUACCGAGUGCUGGUGGAAUACGGGACGUGCGUGGUAGCGGACUGGAGCAGGAUUGGUUUCUCGGAGGUGGACUACGGGUGGGGAGAUCCCGUAGGCGUAGCUCCAUUGAACGAUGACAAUGACUUCAUUGCUACGUGCAUCUUUCUGAGGCAGCCUGCACCGAUGCAAGGCGUGCGGUUGUGGACGAGAUGCGUCGUCAAGGAGCACUUGGCGGCCUUCGCCGAUCAAGUUAUGGAGUUUUGCCAAAGUUCUUGACGAAUAAGCGAAUUGUUUGCUUGUCUCUCAGUUGCUAUCGUCGUCGCAAUAUAU